CUUUGGAAGACGGUUGCCAUCAAAAGACACAAGAGAAGACUCCAGAGUGAAAUCAUCCCUCAGUGACUCACUGACCUGCUUUCACUUUCUUAUUUACCUUUAUUCAAACAGGCAAACUCAUGGGGUUCCAGGAUGCUUUUGUGUUCCUGGUGUUGCUGUAUGCAGCUGUGAUGGUACACGGUCAACCGGGAAACGUCAGGCCUCGUUAUAUACACUUCCUCAACCAGCAUGUCCACAAUGGUAUGACAAAACAGAAGUGUACGGGUUAUAUUGGCUAUUUGAAGUUGACUGAGCCUAACAGCAACAGGUGUAAAGAAAUAAAUACCUUCAUCGCGACCGAUGGAAACCGUGUCAACGACAUCUGUCGCCAAGCUGGAAGACGUCUAGAAAACAAUAGGGAUCUGUAUGAAAGCAAUAAACCCUUCCCAGUAGUCACAUGUAAACUCACCAGCGGCAUGUUCCAUGACAAAUGUGAAUACAGAGGUUCAGAAUCCACUAGAAGAGUUGUCAUUGCUUGUGAUCAAGGAUGGCCAGUACACUAUGAUGGUGAUAAUGUUGUUGUUAAUGGGAGGAAGUAAGACAGUGUGAAAGGGGUAUCACAAUACCUAUAUGUAAACAGAACUGAAGACGUGUUAUUGACAUGUUAGUGCUACUGUAGCUAGCAAUUUAUGUUGACCAACUGUGGGACUAAAGAGUUAAUGCAUUGUUUUUAUUAAAAGUAUCAAGCCAUCACAACAUUCUGCUAAAAACACCACUGUCAAAACCCCCUGUGUACACUAAUGUAACUUUGUUAUUUUGAGGUGUCUGCACUUUCGAAGCGUAACUCAACUUAA